UAACUCCUACACUAUAAAAAAAGAACUCGUCAACACAAAGGUUUAACAAAAGUCACAAAUAAUUAAACAUUACUGUUUAAUUUCCACAUAAACAAAAGAGAUUAUGUCUUGGACUAAAAUACAAGUACGAGGGCAGCCAGUUCCUAGGGUUCCGGCAAGAAACCACCGUAUGAUAAACUCUUUUGUUUGUGGAGUUUCUAUCAAAAGUCACCACCGUGUAAGCAAUGUACUCCGUACGAAUGGUUCACCGUUGGGGUCUGUCCCCAUAAGAACAACCGAGAGCCAGUUCCUUCGUGGUGACGUUAACGGUAGAUUCGGGAGGUUCGGUGGAAAGUUUGUACCGGAGACAUUGAUGUCUCUCCUGAGAGAUCUUGAAGACGAAUUUAAUUUUGUUUUGAGCGAUCACGAAUUUCAGGAGGAGCUUACCACAGCAUUAAGAGACUACGUUGGAAGAGAAACGCCUCUCUACUUCGCCGGACGUUUAACCGAACACUACAAGAGCAUAUCUCGAACCAUCGGAGAUGGACCCGAGAUUUACCUGAAAAGGGAAGAUCUUAGCCAUUGCGGGUCCCAUAAAAUCAACAAUGCUCUCGCUCAAGCGAUGAUUGCCCGGCGGCUUGGUUGCAGCCGGGUGGUGGCAGCAACAGGAGCCGGUCAGCAUGGGGUCGCCACGGCGGCUGCUUGUGCGAAGUUCUCCGUAGAGUGUAUUGUUUUCAUGGGAACCGCUGAUAAAGAAAAACAAUUCUCUAAUAUCCUUUCCAUGAAACUGCUUGGUGCUCAGGUGAAAUCAGUGGAAGGAACGUUUAAAGAUGCGAGUUCAGAGGCAAUUCGAAAUUGGGUUGGAAACCUAGAAACCACAUACUACUUAUCCGGGACAGUGGUAGGACCACACCCGAGUCCAUUAAUGGUACGCGAGUUUCAAUCCGUGAUUGGGAAAGAGACAAGAAGACAAGCAAACCAACUAUGGGGUGGUAAGCCUGAUGUGUUGGUGGCUUGUGUGGGGAGUGGCUCAAACGCAUUAGGAUUGUUCCAUGAGUUUGUUGGGGAUGAGGAUGUGCGACUGGUCGGGAUCGAGGCUGCAGGAUUGGGUUUGGAUUCAGGGAAACAUUCAGCUACUUUGGCUGUUGGAGAUGUUGGUGUGUACCAUGGCUCCAUGAGCUACUUGUUGCAAGAUGAUGAAGGACAGAUACUUAAACCACACUCCGUAGGAGUAGGGUUAGAGUAUCCCGGAGUUGGACCAGAAAUUAGCUUUCUCAAAGAAACCGGAAGAGCAGAGUUCUACACAGCAACAGACCAAGAAGCCAUUCAAGCGUGCAGGCUAUUGAGCAGAUUGGAAGGAAUAAUCCCAGCAUUAGAACCGUCUCAUGCGCUGGCGUUCCUUGACAAACUUGUUCCUACUCUACGCGAUGGUGCCAAAGUGGUAGUGAAUUGCAGUGGCCGUGGUGACAAAGAUCUAGACACUCUCAUCCAACGAGGCUUGCCCUCUUCUCUUUGUUGACUCACCAAGAUGCAAUCACAACCAGCACUAUGAAUCGCGGAGAUGCCAAGGAAUGAAUCAAUAAGCCCACCACCAGUCAUAGGAAACUCUUGUUUCAUUGUAGCGAUGAUGUUCUUUGUCAAGGUAGGAGUGGAGGAAGUAAGAAUUAUGUCAUCGACAUAGAGGAGCAGGUACGCAAGAUCACUUCCAUUCCUGUAAACAAACAAAGAAGCAUCGCUUUUGCUUUGCUUAAAGCCUUGAUUAGUGAUAAAGUUGACAAAGCGAGCAUUCCAAGCACGAGGCGCCUGUUUCAAACCAUAAAUGGAUCGAUUCAGCUUGCAAACAUAAUCAGGAUGAUCUUUGCUGACAAUACCCGGGGGCUGGAACAUGUACACUGUCUCAUCAAGAGUACCAUGGAGGAAGGCGUUUUGCACGUCUAGCUGGUGCACUGGCCAUGCAUUGGCUAGCGCCACAUGAAGAACACAUCGGAUGGUUGCAGGUUUUACAACAGGGCUGAACGUCUCUGUAAAAUCAACUCCUUCUUCCUGUGACUUGCCAUUAGCGACCAACCUAGAUUUAUGACACUUGAAAUUCCCAUGAGCAUCAUAUUUAUGUUUAUACAACCAGAGACAACGGAUGAUAUUAGCAUUCUUAGGUCGAGGCACCAAAUCAUAAGUACCACUCUUAAUAAUGGCAUCAUACUCACAUGUCAUAGAUGGUGUCCAAUUGGGAUCAGUAAGGGCGUGUUUGUAGCUUUUUGGAAGAGGAGAUUGAGUCUGAGACAAAAGGGAGAUGAUUUGUUUUGGCUUAUGGAUACCAUGCAUUGAUCUUGUGGUCAUCGAAUGUCUAGGAGCCUCAGGGACCGCGGGUACAGUUUGAGUUGACUGAUUCGAUGAAGAAGGAGCAGCUGGAGAAGUGGGUGUCACAGCUGGAGCUGUAAGGAUGCUUUUAAAUAUUGGAGAGACAUCCAUAUCAGCAUUAAGAAAGUCGUAUUCAGUCUCCGAGAUUGAAGUGGAGUCUUGAUACGGGAAGCACGUUUCAUCAAAGGUGACGUUACGUGAGAUAAUAAUCUUUUUGGACUCAAGAUCAAGGCAUCUGUAGCCUCAGUGAAAAUGAGGGUAGCCAAGGAAGAUGCAUCUUGAGGAACGAGGAGAAAGCUUUGAAAGAUUAGCAUGGUUUUUAUUUGGAUAACAGAGGCAGCCGAAAACUCUGAGAUGAGAAUAAGAAACUGGCUUCUUGAAGAGGACAGAGUAAGGUAUCUGGUUGUUAAUGGCUUUGGAUGGUAAAAGGUUUAAGAUAUGAACAGAGGCAUUGAGAGCCUCAACCCAAUAAGUGGAAGGAAGUUUGGCUUGAAAAAGAAGAGUUCGAACAGAGUUGUUUAUUGUACGUAUCAUCCUUUCGGAUCGUCCAUUUUGUUGGGACGUAUACGGACAGGAGAAUCGAAAAUUAAUCCCUUGUUCUGCAAAAAAAUUAUGAAACUUUGAGUUGUUAUACUCUGUUCCAUUGUCACAUUGCAAGGAUUGAAUUUUCGUUUUGAAGUGUGUUUCAACAUAUUUGAAAAAGAGAUGAAAUGUUGAAAACACUUCCUCCUUGGAGUUGAGGGGAUAAACCCAUAAAAAUGAGAGAAUUGAUCCAAGAAGAGGACAUAAUAUCAUUUUCCACUUAAACUGAGGACAGUAGAUGUCCAUAAGUCAGAGUGAAUGAUUUGAAAAGGUGCAGUGACAGAUGAAUCAGAAGAAUAAAUAGGCAAUUUUAUUUGUUUUCCAAGUUGACAAGCAUUGCAAACUGGAGAAAGAUCAUGUUUAUUACAAGAUAAAAGCUUAGAAGAUAAUAAAGACGAAAGAGAUUGAUUGCUCAAAUGAGCUAAACGACGAUGCCAAGUGUUUGAGGUGGUGGUGAGGAAAGCUGAAUGCCCAGUAGUGAGCUUAUUUGAAGAAGAAAACACUGGAUACAGAUCACCCGUACUGUCACUGCGGAGAAUCGUCCGACGAGUUUGAAGAUCCUUCACAGAAAAACCAUAAGGAUCAAACUCAAUGGAAACAGAGUUAUCUCUGGUAAAUUUAUGAACAGAGAUUAAAUUUUUGAUAAUAGAGGGAGUUACUAAGAUGGAAGAGAGAUUUAAAGGACGAGAAUUUGAAGGAAAAGAAAAGAACCCCGUUUUGGUUAUUGGAAUUUUGACCCCAUUGGCAACUGUGACUGUGUGUUUGGUGCCAUUAUUAAGAACAGACUGUAGAUUACCUGGGUUGUUUACUAAGUGAGCAGUGGCGCCAGAGUCCAUAUACCAUUGAUGAUCAGAUGGAUCCAUUAACGUCAUGGUGUUGAAUGCAGAGGCAAAGUCUGUAGUCGGAACUGCAGCGACGAGAUGAUUGUUCUGACCCUGCGCCGCAGGUUUUAAAUGUCGUGUGGCGAGGAUUGGCGAAAGGAGGCUCGACACUCGCCACUCGCCAUGGCGUUUCAUGGCGAUCGCAUCGCGUAUCAGCCGCUCAAAAGGUACCUUCUAUUCCUAAUACCAUAAAUUAUAUGAAACUUUGAAAAAAAACAUAGUAAACAUAAUUUAAAAAGAAUGUUAAGCUACGUAUAUAAUACAAACUAGGUACAUAAACAUAUAAGGUUCUUAACACAAGCUAAGAAAAUAACCUCUAACAAACAAAAUGAAUGAUGCGUGAUAUAUAAGAGGUUUGCGUGAAUAGAGAAGGUAUGUGAUAAAGAAGAUAUGACACUAUGAGCCUUAUAUGUGAUCAACAUGAUGUGGUAAACACUAAAACUUUAACUAACAAAACAAACCGAUAAAGUAAAGAAGAGCUUAUGCCAUCAGUAGCUUAGAGAAAGCAAGAGAACUUGUGAAAAAGUAAGGGGGAAGUAAUUCUAUUAUAUAGUACAUUCACUUAGGGUUUUUACUUUUUAGAUGGAUUAGGGCAUUCGGUUAGAGUAUAUUUAGAGGAUAUUUAGAGUAUAAUACACUUAUAUGCUAUUUUACUUAUUUUGAAACCAAAAUUUUGUUAACGGUUUGAUUAUCAACAACGUAGCGACGCAAUGAUCGACUCAGUGUAUACAGGUGUAGCGAGGUAAGGCGGUCGACUCUCGUACCUCGCUUAGCAUUGGGGUCCUGAGUCGUUUUGGAGGUCGCCUCAGGUCGCUACUCGCCAUGGCGAGCGAAGCGGUCGCCUUUUAAAACCAAGCCCUGCGGCUGAGCCUGAAGCAUCUGUUGGUUGAUAGCAGGACGAGGACCAAGAAUGCCUUGAUUGUUGAAUUGUUGCUGGGGUAUCCAUUGUCCUGGUUGUUGAUUAUUCCACAUCUGAUAUCCAGCAGGCCAGAAGGGAACGCCCCAUUGGUUGUACAUUGGUCGUUGUUGAUUGUUGUUGUGUCGUCCACGACCUCUGUAGUUGUUGCAUUUGGAACCUCUGUUAUUGAAGAAUCGCUGCUGUUGUUGAGGUUGAUGAUCAGAUCGCUGAGUCGGAGUCGAAGACGAGACGUUGAGGACCUUGUCAGAUGAGGCGGAGUCCUUGACAACAGAGGAUUUCUUUCCCUUGUUAAGCUUUUCUUCUUCAAGGAUGAGCAUCGAACGAGCUUGUUCAAAAGUAGGGAAAGGUUGACGAUGCAUGAUCACAUUGAUGAUGUUGUCAAACUUGUCGCUCAAGCCAUUGAUCAUGUAGGUGACAAGAGUUCUUUCUGAAACUGGUGCAUCAACGUUAGCAAGCAGAUCAGCCGUGGACUUGAGAUCUUGAGAAUAGGCAUGGAUCGUCUGGUCUCCAAUGACCUUGGUACGCAGAUCGUGAUCGAGCUGAAUAGCACGGGCCUCUUUGUUGUCCCUGAAGAAGUUCUCGAUGCGAGUCCAGAUUUCCCGAGAAGUACCUCCAGUUUUGAAAGUACUUUUGAAGAGAUUCUUCGAGAGAGUCCCGUAGAGCCACAAUUUGACCAACCCGUCACGUUUAGACCACUGUUGAUCGUUAUCAUCCGUUGGAAGCAGCGUGCCGUCAAGGUGACCAGCAACAUCGAAACUCUGGCAGUGAGUGAGGAAGAGCUAUCUCCAGGCGUCAUAGUUGUGAUCAUCAAUAUCUAGAAUGAUGGGGAUAUGAUUUUUGAUGUUGUUAACACCGUACGCACGUUCAAGAGCAGUGGCGACAGGAGCAACCAUGGUGGAUGAGAGUAAGAAACAGAGAAAGAGCGAAGAAGAUUUGAGAAAAAGAGAAGAAGAUGAGAAUUAUAGGUUCAGGAUCGAUGAACCCUCUGAUACCAUGAAAGUGGGAAAUUUCUCCUUUAUUGAUUUACAGAUUUACAUUGGUUUAUAUACACAAGAUUGUUCCAAGAUAUGAUAAGAACAAUCCCAAAAAUAUAGGAACGUAAAUCAGAAUAUUCUACAAAGUCUAACAACUAUGAAUGAAAUAAUACAUCAAUCAUUAUCUAAUUUCGAACUAUCAGUCUACCGGUGACCAGGGAUGCUCACGAAUCGGGUAUCCAGAUUUAGGGAAGUAUUCAAUUGGAUCUAUUUUGUUCGAAUAAUCAGUUAUACGACCUGAUUCGAUCUGUAGCCACAGGAUAUUUGAUGUCCCGAAUAUUUGGAAAAUUGUAAAGUUUAACCCGGAUAUCCGAUUCGAUCUGUUAAAAAAAUUUAAAAUUAAAAAAAAAAUCCAAAUAAUAGAAAGUAAUAAUAUUUUAUUACAAAAAGAAAAUUUAUUUAAUUUUGAAAGUUUAAUAACUAAUAUAAUAAAUUUAGCAACUAAAAUAUUGUAAAACUUAUAUAAAAUAUAAUUUUUAGAUAAUUUAUAUAUAUAUAUAUAAUUCUUUAAAUAUAUGUAUAUAUAUGCAUAUACCGGAUCGGAUAUCAUUUUUAAAAAAAAUAUUAGUAUUUGUGAUUUUUUCAUUUCUUAUGGAUAUUAAAUAUUAGUAUUUGCCUUCGUUCGUAGAGUUACAUAUAUCCGGAUUUUUCAGUUUGAAUCGAAAUAAAUAAUGAAAUGAAUCAAAAUUUACGGAUAUUUUAACGUAAAUUUUCGAAUGACUUUCUUGAUAUUUAUCAGUUUUAAUUAAUUAAUAUUUUAAAUGUUAAAAUUUUGGGGUUUUUUGAAAACCAUUAAAAUGUGUUCCUAAUAAGGCCAAAAAAUCUCUUAAUAAGAGCAUUUCCAAUGUAUAUUUUCUUCUAAAAUAAAGAUCUUUAUUAUAAAGUUGGUUUUACUUUAAUGUAUGAUUUUAUAAUAGAGUUCUCCUAUUUUAGAUAAAAAAAAAAUAUAGAGGAAUACUACUUAGAAACUCGUCCGAUUAACCUUUGAUUGUCUAUAAAUAGAAGGAUAAAGGAAUGUUAUAAAAUUAUAAAAAUAAAAAUUAAGAGAGUCGUGUUUAUAGGAUCAAUACAUUAUUAAGUUUCUCCCCAAAUCUUUUAAUAUUAAAGUGAUUACUUUUUUUCUAAAAAAACAAGAGAGAAUAAAGGUUUCUUUCUCAAGAUCAUCUCCAAAACUAUUCUAUUUUACGCUUUAAAACAAAAUUUAGAGUACAUCCUUUUAUAUUUUUAUAAUAGAAUUUAAAACGAGAUUACCCCAAAAAAGUGAAUAAUUUAUUUAUUUUUACUUCAAAAUAAAAAAAAAAGUCUAGAGAAAAAUCAAUUCCAUUAUAAAAUUACAAUAUUUUUGUAAAAAAAGUUUGACUAAUACAUUGAAAAUAUUUUAAGAGCUCACCAACGUUCAGUUUUUCAAAACUGAGUAUCUUAAACUUUUAAAUUAACUAGAUCAUUUUUCGUGCUACAUGCGGAUUAUGGUUUUGAAUUUGUUAUAUUUGCUAAUUUCUAAUUUGUAUGUGAAUUCUUACCUUUUACUAUAUUUAUUUUCAUUUAAAGUCUUUUUAUGCGCUACAUGCGGAUUCUGGUUUUGAAAUUGUUAUAUUUUCUAAUUUCUAGUUUGUAUAUGAAUUCUUAGCUUUUAUAUUGUAUUUAUUUUAAUUUAAAUGUGAAAUAUACCUUUUGUUUGAUUAUUUGCAAGUGAUUAUUUUUGGGGUAUUUACUGAUUCAUUUAUUUAUUCAUUGAAAUUUUUUUUUCCAUUGUAGUACAAAAUUUAUGGUAUUGUAACGAUGAUAUUAUAUGAAGCCAAAAAUAAUUACACGAUUAACACAAUAAAUAUGAAGAAAGUAAAUUGUGGUUAUAUUUUUUCUUUUAUGUUGUUGAAUUCUGCGCAUCCUUAUAUGAUGUGAUGUAAAUUGUAAUCAUACUUUUUGUUCUAUUUCUAUCUUUAAUUCGUAUUUGAUUCUUCUAAAAAGGUAUAUAAACUUAGUAUGCUAUUUUUAGAUAUGGAUUGAGUCAUUUUAGUUGGAAAAAAAUCUCCAGUAACAUUUGAAAGUAUUGUUGCAAGUUUAUGUCAACGUAUUAAAAUCAACUUUUUGAACACCGGUAUAAGGAUUGAGACCAUUAUAAUCUUGGGAGAGUCCAUAUAAGAACACACCUCCUUGAUAAUCUUGGGAGAGUCCAUAUAAAAUAGAAUUUACACUGGAAUGCACCGGAAGACACCUCCUUGAUAAUCUUGUUAAUCGUAAAUAAAUAUAAUUUCUAAAUAAAUAUACGGAUUGAGUCAUUCAAGUAGGAAGACACCUCCUUGAUAAUCUCAUCGUGCCUAUACGAAAACAAAAAAAAGACAUGCAUCUGUUUUAGCAUCGUAUCAAAAGAGUAUGAUCACAGUAGGAAA